UGCUUAGCUUGCGCGUUUCAUUGAAUAAUUUUGUUUAAUUCUAGCUGCGUUAGCUUGUUAGCUUAGGUGAUUAUAAAAUGUUUAAUUUAACUUUUUUAUUUUCUUUCAUUUAAUUGUGUGUCUAUUUCAUUUUACCUUUAACCCAGUGUAGUAAAAUUUAAUUCCGUUUAACCUAGUGUAAAUUUAUUAUUAUACAUAUUAUAUAAAUAUAUAUUGAUAAAAAAAAAUGUUACUCUGUGGAGGUGAUGUUUUAACUGAAAGACAGUUACAUCGGUUAAAUGAGCAUAAAUACAGGUCUGCAGGUAAUACACUGUUGGAUCCUGUGAUGCAAAAAUUUUGGAAUUGGUUCACAAAAAGAUUGCCCCUUUGGUUGGCACCAAAUCUUAUGACUCUUGUUGGUUUAUGUGUUAACGCUUUAACAACCGUUGUAUUAAUACUAUAUUCACCUGAUGGUAAACAACCUAUACCUGGCUGGGCUCUAAUAUUUUUUGCAAUUGGACUAUUUAUUUACCAAACAUUAGAUGCAACUGACGGUAAACAAGCGCGUCGUACUGGCACAAGCUCACCUUUGGGUGAAUUAUUUGACCACGGCUGUGAUUCAAUUUCAACUGUCCUUGCUUCAAUUGCUACAUGUUUAACCUUUCAACUGGGCUAUUAUCCAGGAUGGAUGUUUUAUCAAUGCAUUGCUGCAUCCUUUUUAUUUUAUCUUGCUCAUUGGCAAACAUAUGUUUCUGCGACUUUAAAAUUUGGAAGAUUUGACGUUACUGAAGUUCAAUUUUCAAUUAUGUUCUUUAAUAUUUUGACUGCUUGCACAAGCCAAGACUUUUGGGCAUCCACAGUACCUGGUUUGAACAUGGAGCUAAAAAUACUACCAGCAAUUGCUAUAGCCAUUGCCCAUGCAAUUGUUGCUUUCAAUAAUUUUUCUGUAAUCUUAGCUGGUGGAGUAGGAAAAAAUGGAUCAACUGUUGCGGGAACCAGCGUUCUAUCACCUUGUAUACCUAUCGCAAUUGUGAUUGUACCUGCCUUCAUAAUCUAUCAGAAAUCAUCGCCUCAUCUUUUUGAAGAACAUCCAUGUCUUUAUCUAAUUACUUUUGGUCUUAUCAUUGCUAAAGUAACCAACAGACUUGUGGUUGCUCAUAUGACGAAAAGUGAAAUGGAUUAUUUAGAUACCGUUCUAAUUGGUCCAGCAAUGCUUUUCCUGAAUCAAUAUUUUAAUAAUUUUCUUCCUGAAUAUUUUGUCCUUUGGCUGGCAUUGAUUUAUACUUUGGCUGAUCUCAUACAUUAUGCUGUAGUAAUUUGUCGACAAAUUUCUAGCUACCUCCACAUAAACGUUCUGACGAUCGCACCAAACUCUCCAUCCUGGAAUGCCCAGAAAAGUGAUAAGCAUAACAAAGGCUCAUUAAAUGAGCAAAGCUCAGGAGAUUCCGCAUCAGUGUUAAUACCUCUUUUUGAGAAUUAUCUCGUGGAGGAUGAAGAUGAUGAUGAUAAUGUUAUUAUUGAUCAAGAUAAACGAGUUGGUGAGCAAGAUGAUGAUGAUUUGAAUGCACCCAACGAACGGUCAAAUCAACUGUAUCCAUGAUCUUCAGCCAAAUGCUUAUUGCCUACUAAAUUAGCAAGCAGCUGAUUGUAAAAUUGUAAAUUGUUAAUAAUAAGUGUUCAAUUCAAUCCUAUUUAUAUAAAUUGAUCUGCUGUUUUUGCUUGACCAACCAAGAACACAUCUACGCUCCCACUCAAACAUCACAAUUUAAAGUUGAAUUACGAGCCAAGCAAGAAGUUAACUAGGAGAGAUGAGAAAUUAAUUCAAUUGAAAUACAACAACCAAUGUGAUUAUAAUCAAGGAAUCGCCAUCUAGAGUUGGCUUUUUUGUUAAUCUGUUUCUCCGCCAUUUACAGUAGUCAACGUAAAUCGAUCACCAUUAUAAAUAUCAACUUAUCCUUCAAUCUUCAAUCUUCGCAACCAACAUCUUCACCUCUUUGUAAAUACUCUUGUGAAUCACCUUUUGAUUCAUUAUCAUCUUUUCAUCUAUUUUUUGGAGUCUUCACAUUAUUACAAGUUGAAGAGGACAUUUCUAGAAGUUAGAAGAUUAUCAAAUUAUCAUGAUGAUCUAUAGAGAUGAUUUUUCAAUCGUGAUAAUGAACUUAUACCUUUAAUGCCUAUUUUCAUUAUUAACCCAAAAGUAGUGUGAUAUUAACUUUCUUUUUUUUUGAUUAGCAGCAAAAUUUUUGUUACUAAUUUAAUUUUGUUUUUAAUGCAAAUAAGAUCUGAAUUUAUAACAAACAAAAAAAUUCAACCUUAACUCAUAUUUUCGAAUCUCUUUCAAUUUUAUAUUGACUUUGAAUUCUGUUGUAUAAAUGAAUAACCGCUGUGUAAGGCCUUGUGUAAGCCAAGCCAGCUUUAAAUCAAA